AUGAAAGACGAUGGCUUGUGUGCAUCUUGUUAUUCGAAGGACAAAGUUGGCGUUACUGGGUGCGGAGGGAAGGUGGGGCGAGAAAAUCAUUUGGCGACAGAUAGGCCAUUCAAUGAAUUAAAAAAGUUAGAGAAUCGAUUUAUUAUGCGAAAAUUGCCAGGAAAGAUCAAAGACUGUGGCAAAUUUUUUUGGACACACAAAAAGAAGGUUGGAGUAUCUGUGGUCGCACUUUAUUAUGCACAACAGUUUUUUUGGAGUUGGAAAAGGAAUUGUGAUAUUCGCACGAUAUAUGCUAAUAAGGCUUUGCAAUAUGGAUUCACUCCUGAGGUGUCAGUUCUUCCUUCUCGACGGGUAGCAGUAUUAGUGAACACACAUGCUGGUGGUGGCCGUACUUUUAAUUCUUUCAAAACCUAUGCCUUGCCGUUACUUAAUCUUGCUGGCCUUCAUGUUGAUAUAAUCGAGACUGAAAAUAAGGCACAGCUGAAAGCAGUAGCAGAAUCACUGGAUUCGAAAGAGGCAGAUGUGUUAUAUAUUGUUGGUGGUGAUGGUACAGUAAGUGAUGUGCUCUCAGCAAUUUAUAAUAGUGAGAAAAAUGCGGAACUUCCUAUAGGAAUUUUCCCUGCUGGCAAAGAAAAUUAUUCGCUUGUUAAUCUUUCUCCCUUUGUCUUUUCUGAUCAGAAUGAUGUACGAAGUUUUUGUGAAAGUGCAAUGGCAAUUAUCGAAGGCAAAAUAAAAACUAUCCACAUUGCCAAAUUUUUUUUGGAAAAAAAUAAUUCUAAGGAAUCGGACGAUAAAGCAAGAUAUGGCCUAUCGAAUUUUCAUGCUGGUUGGUAUGAAUAUAUUGAAAGGCGCAAAGAAAAGUUAUGGUAUUGGGGUAAUUUGAAAAGACGCAUUUCAUAUAUUUGGGAAAUGAUAAAGAAUUAUCCGACCGAUUUAAAAAUUUUAUUGGUUUACGAAAAUUUCUGCGAGGGUUGUAAGAAAUGUUUGCAGCCAGUCAGAAAUGAUUCCAAUAAAUGGUGGUUUUCAUUCUUAGGAAUGCGAAAAAAAACCAAGACGUUACCUGAAAAAUAUUCAACAAACAAUGAAAUAUGUGGAGUCAAAAAUGAAUUAUUUGUAUCAACAAACGAUUUCCUUAUAGAACUAUUACAACAUGACGACACAAGCAAAUUGCACAUACGCAUGAGUGGAAGCGAUGUGGGCAGAAGUGGAAUAAUUAAGGAAGGCUGGUCUCGCUGCAGAAACAAUACCAAAGCAAACUCACCGAAUCAGUUUUAUGAAAACGAUUUGUUGGCGAAAAACGUAAAAAUUAUUUUCAAAUCUUUCCCUGAAAAAAUGGGUACCUUUAAAAUAUACGGUCAGGACAUAAAAAUUGAUGCAAACCAAAUUUAUCAUUUCGAGACUACUAAUAAAAAAAUUGAAAUAUAUUUGCCAGAAAUAUUUUCUGAUAAUUAA